CUCCGACUCCGGUACAAUAAUAUAGCCUCGAGUUCUUUCGUCUUCCUCUCUCCACAUACUCUCAUACCUCUUCUCUCUCAGCGUCAAACCCCAACACGCUCUCCAACUUAUACCUUCACCUGUACGGACGUCCCUUACACCGAAAGAUAUUUCCGAUCGAAUGGCCGACAAGUUCUCACAAUCCGUGGAGUUCGGUCUCAAGCUCUCAAAACGGAUUUCCUACGGAAAAGAAGGUUCACUGUCGGCGCCGAAGCUGGCGGUGAUGGAGAAGAAGUUAUCGUCGCUGGAGACGUAUAUUCCGACGGCGCCGAUGGUUUAUGCGGUCAUAUCGGACCCGUCGAUCGUUGAUAAUCCUGACAUUCCGAGUUACCAGCCGUAUGUGCAUGGAAGAUGUGACCCUCCGGCGUUUAUUCCACUGCACAUGCAUGGGAUUGCAAUGGAGGUGGACUGUUAUUUGGAUACGGCCUUUGUUACGGUCACUGGAACUUGGCGACUUCAUUGUGUUAUGGCUGGCAAAAGUUGUGAUUGUCGCAUUGCAAUACCGAUGGGUGAGCAGGGUUCAGUUCUAGGUGUCGAAGUCAGUAGUAGAAGAUCAUACUAUACGCAGCUAAUUACAAUGGCGGAUGCGGAGGACAUAGACGGCCCUAAGGACGGGUUCUUGUUAAAAGGCAAGAUAUACACAUUAAAGAUUCCCCAGGUUGAUGGGGGAACCAGUCUUUCUAUUAAAAUCAGUUGGUCCCAGAAAUUGUCAUAUCAAGAUGGUCAAUUCUGCCUCUGCGUUCCAUUUAGCUUUCCUGCACAUGUCAUACCUGUUGGAAAGAAAAUGUUUAGAAAAGAAAAGAUAUUGUUAAAUGUGAAUUCAGGCUCUGGGACAGAGGUUUUAUGCAAAACUACUAGCCAUCCUUUAAAGGAACUAAGACGUCAGGCUGGGAAAUUAGGCUUUUUAUAUGAGGCAGAAGUUCAGACAUGGUCUACUGAUGACUUUAGUUUUCUGUAUACUGUUUCUUCAAGUGAUAUAUUUGGUGGCCUGCUGUUGCAGUCUCCAUCUCUGGAUGAUUUUGACCAAAGGGAGAUGUUUUGUCUUUAUCUAUUCCCAGGGAUCAACCACGGUAGGAAGGUUUUCAGAAAGGAAGUGGUUUUUGUAGUUGAUAUUAGUGGUAGCAUGCGAGAUGGCCCUCUUGAGAAUACAAAAGAUGCAGUACUGGCAGCCAUCUACAAUCUCAACCCAGAAGAUUCUUUUAACAUCAUAGCUUUCAAUGGUACUACUUCAUUAUUCUCACCGUCCAUGCAUCUGGCAACCAAGGAAGCAAUCGAAAAUGCUGCUCAGUGGAUUAGCGUAAAUUUUAUCGCGGAGGGAAGUACCAACAUUUUGCUUCCUCUAAAGCUGGCAAUAGAGAUGCUGGCCAAAGUUGGUGACUCAGUUCCUCUAAUUUUCCUUGUUACUGAUGGGGCUGUUGAAGAUGAAAGACAAAUUUGUGCUCUUAUGAAAGGUCACUUGAUGAGUAGUGGAUUGAAUUGUCCUCGAAUUUGCACUUUUGGCAUAGGCUCAUAUUGUAACCAUUACUUCUUGCAAAUGCUAGCACAAGUUGGAAGGGGAUAUUAUGAUGCUGCAUUUGAUGUUGAUUCAAUCAACACCCGAAUGCAAAGGCUACUUAAUAGUGCAUCCUCAAUCAUUCUUGCAAGUAUAACCAUUGAUGCUCUUGAACAUCUUGACUCACUUGAGUUGUAUCCUGUUCAUAUUCCAGACCUUUUGUCUGGAAGUCCAUUGAUUAUGUCAGGCAGAUAUCACGGGAACAUUCCUGACUCAGUUAAAGCAAGUGGGACUUUGGCAGAUUUGAGCAAUUUUGUGAUAGAUGUGAAAGUGCAAAAAGCAAAGGACAUUUCUAUCGACAGAGUAUUUGCAAGGAGACAAAUUGAUAUACUCACAGCUCAUGCAUGGUUGUCGGAUAGUAAACAACUAAAGGACAAGGUUGCAAAAAUGAGCAUGCGAACAGGGGUACCUUCAGAGUAUACCCACAUAAUUCUUGUUCAGACCAAUCAAUCUUCUAACUCAGUUGUAACAGUUGAGAAUAUAGCCCAUUUGGAUGGCAAGAAGUUCAUUGCCCUGCAGAGUUCGGGUAUUGGCUUUGGCAACUUGUUAGCCACUGCUGAGAAUCUUCCUCCAGGAUCCAAAGUACCCAAGUUAGAUGAAUCUACAGGAUUGAUCAUGAAAACCGCUUCAAACUGUUGCGGCACGCUACUUGAUUUUUGCUGUUGCAUGUGUUUUAUCCAGUUUUGUUCACGACUAAAUGAUCGAUGCGCAGUUACUUUCACACAGCUUUGCGGUGCCCUUGGAUGUUUUGAGCUCAUCAAUUGCUGUUUUGAAUUAUGCGUUUCAUGCGACCAAUUCUGCUGAGGAAGUAGGAAUUGAACAUGAAGUACCAAAUUAUGGUAAUACUAUGUACAUAUGGUGUUUUCUACAAUAAUAUAUCGAUAUAAAUGAAGUUGUUCAGAAUAUUUUCCUUGUGAUUGUGAUCAGUCGGUCUUUAGGGGGAAGAGAAUGUAAUUGCGAGUUAUCAAAUGCAUCAUACCUGAAUGAUCAUAGGCCAAAAGUGGUUUGUUUAUUAGUUAGACAUGUGGUCGUGGCACGGGAGUCGUAUGAUUAUUUUGGUCAUGAUUCAGAUGGAAUGCAUCAUAAAUCGGGGCAAUUGCACAAGCCAUAUGCUCUCGUUGAUUACCCGAGGACUACCGCUAGAAGGCAUUGUCACCGUGACUUGGUGCCUAAUGUGUUUCAUGGAAAGGAAUGAAACGAACAAGAGUCCCCGUAGACUUCUCUGAUCCCACUAGUGUCUAAAGUUGGAUUUCCAUUUGAUCUUAUUUAAAUGAUUUAAGAAAGCUUGGUUUAAAAUCUCGGUGGAAGCAAGAGUACGUCAUGUUAAUGUGCCUUGAAUGAUCUCUAUCACAAGGGUUAAUUCCAUAUCGCUUUAAUAAGUGGGUGAGGUACUUGGCAAAUGUUGAAUUCGUAGUAACAUAUGUGGUGUUGAAAGCCACAAUGAUUAACUAUUUCCCACGGUCCCUAUGAAAACGAAGCGGGAUGCCACAGCCUUGUGUUCCAAGGGGACGAAGAAAAGAAAAAACACCAACCGUAUAUUGACUUUCAAGGUGUUCUUACAACAUGACAUAUGAUU